AUGCCUCCUUCAGGGAUCCAGACUCCGCAUAAAGAUGACCUUGAAGAAACAUGGGCAUAUCUUGAGAAGGGAGUUGAGCGGGUGAUGACCCAACUGGAGGGCGGUAUUGAUAUGCUUACGUAUAUGGGAGUCUAUACGGCCGUGCACAACUUCUGUACAUCACAAAAGGCUAUCUCCUCACCUAGUACCCCAUCUUCCCAAGGUGCACAUCGUGGAGCUCACCUUCUUGGGGAGGAACUAUAUAACCUCCUUGGCAUAUACCUCUCCCGUCAUCUCCAUGACGUCUAUGAAGCCUCUCUCGGCCAUUCCGACGAAGCUCUGUUGACCUUUUACAUCCGAGAAUGGAGUCGUUACACAACUGCAGCAAAAUAUAUCAACCAUCUUUUCAAAUAUCUCAAUCGUCACUGGGUAAAGAGAGAAGUUGACGAAGGGAAGAAAGAUAUUUACGACGUCUAUAUACUUCAUUUGGUGAAAUGGAGAGAAGACUUCUUCAAGAAAGUGCAGAAGAGUGUAAUGGAUGCUGUGCUGAAGCUGAUCGAGAAGCAACGUAACGGGGAAACCAUCGAACAGUCCCAGAUUAAAAACAUUGUUAACUCGUUCGUGUCUCUUGGGCUCGACGAGAAUGACAGCACUAAAUCCACCCUUGUUGUCUACCAAUUCUAUUUCGAAAAGCCCUUCAUUGAGGCAACCAGGGUCUACUACGAGAAUGAGUCGAAGCGGUUUGUAGCUGAAAACAGCGUCGUUGAGUAUAUGAAGAAGGCAGAGGCUCGCCUCGAAGAAGAACGGGCCCGGGUAGACCUGUACCUCCAUCCCGACAUUACUAAAAAUCUCACGGACACGUGUUUGGAUGUACUUGUGGCGGCACACUCACCUCUAUUGCGAGAUGAAUUCCAAGUUCUUCUGGACACCGAACGGGAAGAUGAUCUUGCUCGUAUGUAUCGACUGCUUUCUCGGAUUAGGGACGGACUAGACCCCCUGCGUAACAAAUUCGAAACACAUGUUCGGAAGGCUGGCCUUGCGGCUGUUGAAAAGGUUGCACCAAACGGUGAUGCUGUUGAACCUAAACUCUACAUCGAUGCACUGUUACAAGUUCACACCAAAUAUCAAUCCAUGGUGAAUGUGGCUUUUGCUGGAGAAUCGGAAUUUGUCCGCUCGCUCGAUAAUGCAUGUCGGGAAUUUGUCAAUCGUAAUGCACUUUGCAACACAAGCUCAACCAAAUCCCCUGAACUUCUAGCUCGAUAUACUGAUUCCUUGCUGAAAAAGGGAGUCAAAUCUCCUGAGGAGUCGGAAUUAGAAGAGAUGCUUGUGCAGAUCAUGACCGUUUUUAAAUAUAUUGAAGACAAAGAUGUUUUCCAGAAGUUCUAUUCUAGAAUGUUGGCCAAGCGUCUUGUCCAUGUCAGUUCUGUUUCUGAUGAUGCAGAAACUAGCAUGAUCAGCAAACUGAAAGAGGCCUGCGGCUUCGAAUACACUAAUAAACUCCAGCGAAUGUUCCAAGACAUCCAAAUCUCCAAGGAUCUCAACGCCAGCUACCGAGACUGGCAGGAAAAGGUCAUGGACGAGGAGGACAGGAAAAAGUCAGUAGACCCUCAUUUCCAAAUCCUUGGGACAGGAUUUUGGCCCCUUACAGCCCCAACAACCCAGUUCAUCCCCCCGCAAGAAAUCGUCAAGACCACAGAGCGAUUCAAAAAUUUCUACUUCGACAAACACAGCGGCCGCAAACUUACCUGGCUAUGGAAUCUAUGCAAGGGAGAAAUCCGUGCCAACUACAUCAAAAACACAAAAGUUCCAUAUACAUUCCAGGUAUCUACGUUUCAAAUGGGAAUCCUCCUUCUCUUCAACGAAAGCGACACCCUGAGCUUUUCAGACAUUGAAAAGGCCACCGCUCUCUCGCCGGAAGUUCUCGAACCGAACCUCGGUAUCCUAGUCAAGGCUAAGGUAGUUAUUCCGUCACCUGAGAACGGCAAGCCAUGUGUCGGGACCUCAUACACGUUGAACUACAAUUUCAAGGCCAAGAAGAUAAAGGUCAACCUUAAUAUUUCGGUGAAGUCGGAACAGAAGCAUGAGACGGAUGAUACGCAUAAGACCAUUGAUGAGGACCGGAAGCUUCUGCUUCAGUCAGCGAUCGUGCGUAUCAUGAAAUCGCGAAAGAAGAUGAAACAUGUACAAUUAGUGCAGGAGGUUAUUCAGCAGGUGAAAGCCCGAUUCCCGCCCAAGGUACCAGAUAUCAAGAGGAACAUCGAAGCGUUGAUGGAGAAGGAGUAUAUUGAACGCCUAGAUGGGGACGAUUUGGCGUAUAUUGCGUAG